UUCAGAAUAUAAUCUGUUGGUUAAGAGACGUAAAUAACAUGAUAAGUUUAGGUGGUGUACUUUGUUUUGUAAAUAUAUUUUUGAUAUCGAACAGUAAUGGAUUUUUAAUGGUUGAUCAGUUAAGAUGGGACUUUCUAAAUCUAGAAGAAAAUUUAUGGAAAUUUGUUCUGGAACAGUCUAAAAACGGUUUCAAUGACACUGAAGAUCCUGGAAUUACUGUAAUUAGUGGUUUUGCUACUUACGACAAUGUUUUACGAAAGAUGCCACAAGAUAUUUUAUAUGGAAUGGAAGUUAUAAGACAAGCACCACAAUUUUUAUUUUUAUACUCAGAUUUUAGGGUUGUUCAUGAUAUGUACGAUAAAUUUAGAAGGUUUCUAAAUAUUAGUAGUUCUGCUGACAACAAUAAUUUAUCUGAAAUAGAUGAAAGUGAGACUAAAAUGUCAUUCAUCAUUGACGAAGUAUUGCAUGACCCGAAAAAUAAUAUGAAUAAAACUAUUACAAAUAUUUUUAAACAAACUUUUCAAGACAGUGAAAAUGGAUACUUAAUAAACAGUAUUUUUGAUAUUAUUUUAAAGAAUGACUAUAUGUGUAAACAAUUUAAGCAAUCACCACAGCAAGUCUUCUUUAAUUUAUACAACGCGAUAUCAUUGGCACAACUGAAAGGCUAUAUUAUGGUACAAUUUUCUUACUUAGCUCAAAGAUUAGUAAAAAAAGAGAACUAUACUCAUGAUUCAUUAAUAGCUAGAAAACAAUUUGAAAAAUUAUCUAGCGACAUGGCAGAGAUUCUUGUUUCUGCCAUGACAAUAAUGCCACGGACAUUGUGGAGAUGUGAUCCUAAGCAACAUAUCAAAGGAUCAACAUAUGAUGAAUUAACAGCAUUAUUACAAGGUCAUAUUGAAAAUGAAGUAGAUAUGAAUUUCAAAGGCACUUGUACAGAAAACUGUGGGGCAUAUUCUUUAUCUAGGAGUUAUGGUUGUUACGACAGCGAAAGCAUGUAUUGCAAAAAACGAAAAUUAUGUAAAGGAAAAAUUAUAGGUUGCAAAUUUGUAGAAUCUCAGAUGACAGCUUGUUUUUCUCCUUCAUCUAGUUCAAGGAGAUAUCAAUAUAUUCAAUAUAAAAGUGGCAAGGUCUUAGGUAAGAAAAUGUACUGUCAAGGUAAAAGUGUCAAUAGUUGGUUCAGAUGGUUCGUACACUGUUCAUAUUGUUUAUGUCUCUGCGACCAAGAAGGAUUACAUUCUGAUAGAUAUUUUAAUAUGAGACCAGUAAUGGCUGAUGUUGCUCAUAACAGGGUAGUAACUGGUCUCAGAAUUGUGAAGCACAAUCGUAUAAUCCAUCUGCAAAUACAAGAAGGAAAACUAUUACCUUAUGGAUACAUUGAUGAUUCUACUAUUAGAUGGGUUCCUGUUGAUGACUACACGAUUACAGAUGAUGGAGUUCAAAACGGGGUUGAUUUUCACGUUAUGGACUACGAAAGAAGAACAUUGUUUUUAGACGAUUUAAUGCCACACGAAGCAAGCCAUUUAAUUACCGGAGUUAGAUUUGAAUUUAUCGACAAUAACCUUAAAUUUGAAAUAAAUGUACGUGCCUUUAAUUUUGAAAAAGGAAUUAUUUCAAAUGAUUCCUAUUAUAUAUUUGGAGGUCAAAAUAGGAAUAAAAUAAAUAUCUACAAUCCUGAUGUACCAACUGCUUCUCCAGCAUCUGAAAACAAUUUUGAUGCAAACACUUACGUCGAGUUUACACAUUCAAGUUUCGAUAAAGAUGCAGCACAAACUACGGUACCCUUCUUUGAUACACAACCAGUAGCUUCCUAUCCUGCAGCACCAUUAAAGAGAGCAGGAAUUUAUUAUAAAGGAAAGACUGGUUAUGGAGGUUUCAUAGCACCAACAAUAACAACAUAUGACUUUAGUAAACAUUUGAAUGCAGAAUUUCCUGAAAUCAAACCACGUAAAGAUCCAGAAGACGAGUUUCCAAUUUUAGCUUAAAAUAUAUACCUAAGUAAUAUACCUACAUGAUUAUAUAAAUAGAUAUAUAGACAUACGAUUUGCUCAAGGUAUAGGUAAUCUCUCUUUAACUCAUUUAUCCAGAGGGAAUUUCAAUUUUUGUUAGGAAUUAAAUCAUACUUAAAAUUUUUUUAUGUUUCAUAUAAAAUAACGCUAUUUAAAAUCUAAUUUCAGUGACCUAGGUAGUUAAUUUUGUAUUUAUAUUAUAAAUAUUCUAAAUAAAUAUAU